AUGUACACGGCGCCCCAGGAGAGCCCAGCCAGCAUCAACGACGACAAAGACAUCAAAGCCAGCACCGAGGUCGUGUGGGCAAACCUGGAGGCGACCGGGCUGCUCAAGGACUACGACGGUGUCCUGAUGGCCUGUUACAGCAAGCACACCUUGGUCGAGCAGAUCCAGGUCCGCCUCCCGGGCCUCCCCGUAACGGGUAUCUUCGAGACCAGCGUGCUCGCGUCGCUGCCGCUCGUGAGGCCCGGCCACGGCUGGGGCAUCGUCACCACGGGCAAGUUCUGGGAGGCCCACUUGACCGACGCCAUCUCGUCCUUCCUCGGCGCCGGCGCCGGCGGCUUCCUCGGCGUGCAGUCAACCGGACUGGUGGCCGGCGACUUCCACGGCGAUGUGCCUCCGGAGGUGAUCCAGGACAAGCUCAAGGCAGCCACCAAGCGUCUCCUGGCCAAGGGCCGGCCGGACUGCAUCCUGAUGGGCUGCGGGGGCAUGGCUGGCCUGGAAGAGGUGAUCCGCACGGCUGUGCGUGAGGAAUCGGGCGAGCAGGCGGCCAAGGACGUGUAUGUGGUUGACGGAGUGAGGGCCGGCGUGGGCGUGAUCGAGCAGAUGGUCCGGAACAAGAGGAUGUUCCAAGUCUCUUAG